CCAAGAACCCAUUCCUGACCAGACCGGGCGGGGGCCGCGAUGCUCUCCAUCCCCUCGCUCGCCAGGGCACUCGUCGCGCUCCUCCGCGGCGUCCUCCUCCACCUCCGCGCGCCCGCCUCCGCCCACCACCACCUCUUCUUCUAACUCCUCAUCCCGUCCCGUACCAUCCCAUCCCAUGUCUGGAGCGGCCGCGCUGCGGAGAUCCGGCAGCAACAGCCUCUCCGCCCUGCUGCGCGCCGAGGACGACGGCCCCGGUGACGACGUGGCCGCCACCAAGCGGCGUGACGGUGGCGGGCGCCGUGGGAGGUCCGGCAGGAGGAGCUGCCUCCGCCUGCCCCUCGGCGGCGCCGGCGGGUGCCGCGUCUGCGCCUGCGACGAGGUCGACCCCGCCCCGCGGAGGCGCGCACCGGAGGACGUGGACGGUGACGCGGAGGCGGUUGCGGACGGGGAGGAGCAGCGUGUCCCCGCCGCGCUCCAGUGCUUCUCGUGGAAGAAGGGCCCCGCGGCCGCCGCGCGCAUCGGCCGGGCGUUGCGGGUCGAGGAUGAUACGGCAGCGGAGGACGCGCCGUCGUCCCUCACGGUCCUCCCGGACGACGUGCUGGAGAUGGUGCUGAGCCGCCUGCCGCUGGCCUCGCUCCUGGCCGCACGCUGUGUGUGCCGGCGCUGGAGGGACCUCACCGUCGCGCCGCAGCUGCUACGCCUGCGUCGAGAGGGGCCGCGCGCGGCCCCGACGCCCUGGCUGUUCCUGUUCGGGAUCGAGGCGGACGGCGGCUGGGGCGCGUCGGCCGCCACCACGGCCGUGCACGCGCUCGACGUGGCAGCGCACCGGUGGCACCGGGUCGAGGCGGCCCCGCUCAAAGGUAGGUUCUUGUUCUCCGUCGCCGGCGUCGGGGACGAGCUCUACGUUGUCGGCGGCCGCUCCGGGGGGUCGAGCGCCGGCUCCGUCAAGACCAAGACCCACAAGGGAGUCAUGGUGUUCAGCCCUCUCACCGGCGCGUGGCGGAAGACCGCCCCGAUGCGGGCGGCCCGGUCACGGCCGGUGCUGGGGGUGUUCGAGAUGUCCGCCAGUCGCAGCAUUGUCCACGCCCGCGCCGAGAAGCAUGUUCGGCGCGCUAACGCCGGCGGCAAGUUCCGCCUGGGAGGCACCUCCGCCGUGUACGAGGACCCACAUCGUCUAUCGCUCCGGCGGCUCCGUCUCAGAGAUGUACUGAACGAGGACACCGAUUCCACCGGCCCAGCCCACGGUAACGGCAAGGCUGCGAAGCAAGAGAAUCAGCCGGCUCAGGCAAGGCAAGCGCUCAUCGCCGUGGGUGGCCGCGGGCCGUGGGACGAGCCCCUCGUGUCCGGCGAGAUAUACGAUCCGGUGACCGACAAAUGGGUUGAGAUCGCCGGGUUCCCCACCGACGUCGGCCUGGCGUGCUCCGGCGCGGUCUGCGGCGACAUGUUCUACGUCUACUGCGAGUCCGACACGCUCGUCGCGUACCAUCUCGACGCCGGUUCAUGGUCCGUCGUCCAGACAUCCCGCCCGCCACCGCGGCUCCGGGACUACACGCCGGCGCUGGUCUGCUGCGCGUCCCGGCUGUUCAUGCUCUGCGUCUCGUGGUGCGACCCGGCGAACCGGAGGGACAAGGUGGUGCGGAAGGUGUUCGAGCUGAACCUCGGCUCGAUACCGCUGCUCCAGUGGACCGAGGCGUCGGCGCACCCGGACGCGCCAAUGGAUUCCAACGCGGUGUUCGCCGCCGGCCAGGACAGGAUCUACUCCGUGGAGAUGUUCAGGAUCUUCGGCAAGGUCCUGGACUUCGCGACGGCGUGCCGGGUCUCCGGCGGCGAGCAGAGGUGGAGCCGCAUCGCCCGGGAGAACGCUGCCGCGGAGGCCGACGCCAUGUCCUGCCGGCUGAAAUCCAUGGCCGUGCUGCUCCUCUGAAGGUCGCCGAUGUCUACUCUGUUUUUCUUUUCCACUUACACUGAUGAUUUGUUUGUUGCUUCCAUGGGUUGCUGACUGAUGUGCAGCUCGGUACAGCAAUUCCAUUGCAUUGCAUUGCUUGCUGUGAUUGUUCAACAUGGUCUAUACAAGAUGAUUAUACCAUCUCAAUAUGAUAUGAUAUGAUACCAACCACAAUCAAACUCUCAUUUUGUACUACUUUUGUAAUAGUGUCUGUAUAUUUGAUAACUUGGUCAAUCAACAUAUGAUUGUUCAACAACAGCAAAGAGAAAGGACAUGUGACUGUACAUGCAUAUACUUUACACUUUUGUUAAUGUAAUAAAGGUUUAGUUGAUAA